GAAACUCUUGAAAGAGGAGAACAGAUAAAAAAAAUCAAAUAUAUGAGAACUUCUACAGUACGGGUGUCUGGAAGAGUUAACAUGCAGCUCCUGUCAGCCUGUGCUCUUUUGAGCAUCCUACUCCCAUCAGGGCACGCCAAUCCAUUACCCCAAAAGGACGACAAUGAUGAUCUCUACGAGAAAGCGAUUUUGAAAUUGCGAGCUCAAAGCUUGGGCUUGCCAGACAAGCGCGCUGGUGAAAUUCUUUCAACAUGGGACCCGGACUCGGGUGUGAACCCUGAGGAGCUUGGUCCUUAUUUCCAGGGUGACAUUCUCACUCUGCCGAGUGACAAAAAUGGCAUCAUCGACACAAACUUCAGAUGGGCAGAUGGAGUGAUCCCUUAUUCUAUCGUCGACGGAAUUUUCAAUGAAACGGAACUGCAGCUUCUGAGUGAUGCGUUUGAGGCGUACCAUAAUUACACAUGCAUCAAAUUUGUGCCCUACGAUGGCAAUCAAACAGAUUACAUCGUUAUCCAAGGGGAGGAUACGGGGUGCUGGUCCUCUGUUGGAAGAAGAGGUGGCGUUCAGUACGUCAAUCUGCAACCUCCGGGUUGCAUCAGGAAGCUUGGGACUCCUGAACACGAGUUGCUACACACCAUCGGUUUCCAUCAUGAGCAAUCUCGAACUGACAGGGACGACUAUGUUUCAAUUUUAUGGGCGAACAUCAAACCUUUGACGGUGUACAACUUCUUCAUAGUAAAUAACACGUCCCCGUUUGGAGCAGCGUACGAUUAUGGCAGCGUCAUGCACUAUUCAGCGACGGCUUUUUCGAGUAAUGCCCUACCAACAAUUGAAACCAUACCACCUGGUAUUCCUAUUGGACAAAGGGAUGGUUUGAGCCAGUCUGACAUUGACAGAGUUAACGCCAUGUACAAUUGCUUUGCAUAGAGAGGGAGGAACAUUAAAUAAAAAAAGCUAUAAAACAUGAUUGAUUUUUAUAA